GUUCAGGCUGUUAUAAAACAGUUCAGUGGGACUGGUUAUGAAAGCUCAGAUGUUAUGGUUAUUGAUGAGCUUGAGAUGCAGAGGCAUCAACAGCUGGAGAAAUUGUACAGGUUGACUCGUGCAGGGAAGGACCGGAGUACGGAAAAGAUGAUUGGAGUAGGAUGUGAGUCACAAGGGUUGUGCCAUCUUUCUACUUCAAAUUCUCGAGUUGCUUUUGCCUCUACCAGUUUCGCUGAUCUUCUUCACAAUCGUCUGGGCCAUCCGAGUCUUGCCAAAUUACAAAAAUGAGUUCCUAAUCUUUCUAGUUUAUCUUCUUUUGAAUGUGAGUCCUGUCAACUUGGGAAACAAAGUUGUGUUUUCUUUCCCAAGCGAGUCAAUAAUAGUGCUAAGUUCAUGUUUGAAAUUAUCCAUUCAGACAUUUGGGGUCAAAGUCGUGUCAGUACAACUUUGAGAUUUCAUUAUUUUUUUACUUUUGUUGAUGAUUAUUCUCGUUGCACUUUGUUAUUUUUAAUGAAGUCUCAUUCUGAAUUAUUCUUUAUAUUUCAAAAAUUCUCUACUGAAAUACGUAAUCAAUUUGGUGUUUCUAUUAAAAUACUUCGUAGUGACAAUGCAAAAGAAUAUUUGUCUACUCCCUUUACUCAUUUCUUAUCUUCUCAGGGUAUUACUUACCAAACUUCAUGUGCUUAUACCCCUCAACAAAAUGGGGUUGCCGAACGAAAGAAUCGUCAUCUAGUUGAGAUAGCUGCACUUUACUCAUUCACCAUAAUGUUCCUCUUCGUUUUUGAGAAGAUGCUAUUCUUACUGCUUGUUACUUAAUUAACAGAAUUCCUUCUUCUGUUUUGCAGAAUCAGAGUCCUCAUUCCAUUUUGUUUCCCGACCAAGAUGUCCAUCAGUUGUCCCUAUGUGUAUUUGGUUGUAUUUGUUUUGUUCAUGAUCACACUCCUGGCAAAGACAAACUUCAGUCCAAAUCAAUAAAAUGUGUCUUUUUGGGAAAUUCUAGACUUCAAAAAGGUUACAAAUGCUACAAUCCACUUACAAAUAAAUACUUUGUGUUAGCUGAUGUAACAUUCUUUGAAACAUCUCCCUAUUUUUCCUUCAACACAGCAUCUAAGGUUUUUAUUCCCACUGCCUUACCAGUUCCUAUUCUUCCUCCACCGCCUUACCAGUUCCUACUCUUCCUCCACAAUCAGUCCACCACUUCUACACGUCUACUCACGUCGUUCUCAUCCUCCCACUAACACCAUUGAUGCUCCUUUGCUUGAUACAAGUACAACACCAGCUCCUGGUGACUCUUGCCCUCCUUCAUCUUCACCUAUUCCGGUCUUGCCUUCAACAGACGAUGUUACUCCUCUCAUUGCAAUCCGAAAAAGAUUUUCAGAAGGAUAUUGUUAAAGCAGCAGAAACAUUUACAGCCAUUGGGUACAAACAUAUUGAAGCAGGAACCAAAUUGUCUGAGGAUUGCUGCAGAUAUGGAACUGAGAAUGCUAAAGAUAAUGUGCUAGCUAAGGCAGUAGCCAUCUAUGGUGAUGCUCUUAAACAUGUGGAGAAAGAGCAAGAAGACUUGAAUCGAUUGUUAUCUUCACAGGUUUUAGAUCCCUUGCGAGCAAUGAUUACUGGUGCUCCUCUGGAAGAUGCACGCCAUCUUGCUCAACGUUAUAGUCGGAUGAGACAGGAAGCAGAGACACAGGCAGCAGAGGUUUCCAGAAGACAAUCAAGGGUGAGAGAAUCUCCAAUUCCAGAAAAUGUUGCAAAGCUGCAUGCAGCAGAAGCAAAGAUGCAAGAACUAAAAGCAAACAUGGCUGUUCUUGGUAAAGAAGCUGCAGCUGCUUUGGCUGCUGUUGAAGCACAACAGCAAAGAUUGACUUUUCAGAGGAUUGUCGCCAUGGUUGAAGGAGAAAAGAAUUACCAUCUGAGAAUUGCUGCCAUUCUCAGUGAGGUUGAAGCUGAGAUGGUCUCAGAGAAACAGCGGAAAGAGUCUGCUCCUCCAGUGAUUUCAUCUCCUGUAAUUUCAUCAGAGAAUGGCUCAGAGAAAACCAUGUACUUCUUGGCCGAAGCAACACAUCCCUUCAUUGCAGAAACAGAGAAGGAGCUGAGCUUGGCCGUGGGUGAUUAUGUUGUUGUGCGAAAGGUGAGUCCAACUGGAUGGUCAGAAGGAGAAAGUAAAGGAAAAGCUGGCUGGUUCCCUUCAGAAUAUGUGGAGAAGCGCCAGAGAAUUCCCACCAACAAUGGGGCUGCUCAAGUUUACUAGUCUUACACGAGUGCCCGGUGGCUAGUAAACUUUUUCCUACCAAAUUCAAAAAGUACUACUACAAAUCAGAGUGGAAUUUAAAUU